AUGAGUAGCUCACAGAGCGCGACAAGAAGUGAUUUACUGCGUGAAGUAUACUCAGAAUACAAGAAUAAUCCUGAAAAAGAUUUUUAUGUAUACAAUUAUCGUGUAAUGUCAUCAUCAUCAUCAUUACAGCCCUUCACAAGUCCACUGCUAAACAUAGGCCUCCCCCAAAGAAUGCCACAAAGCACGGUCCUGAGCCACCUGCAUCCAUCGACUUCCUGCAUAUCUAACCAGGUCGUCACUCCAUCUAGUGGGGGGACGCCCUACACUUCGCCUGCCGUGAUGUGGGUAAGAAAGAAAGAUGGCAAACAGCUGGCUAUAGUUGACGGUUUCACUUUCUACGUGGAUGGGAGAACAAAGAACAAUGUGACCUGGAGAUGUACAUCUGGCCAUUUCUGUAGAGCCCGAUUCGUGGUCGACAACAACUUUCUUGUGAUCAGGUCCAACUUGAUUCAUGCUCAUGCGCCACCAAGAUACGUCUUGCGGAAUGGAUCUCAUGACUGGACCAAUGUCUCCACAGUGCAAUGGGUGAGGAAAUCAUGUGGCAAACAGUUGGCGAUUUUGGACGGAUUCACUUACUACCUAGACGGCAAAAGCAACCUGACGACGACUUGGAGAUGCACCUCCGCUGGUCCGUGCAAGGCCCGCUUUGUGAUGUCCAAUCAUGUAAUGCAGAUCAUCCGCGGCAAUCUUAACCAUUCUCACAAAAAACCGACUUAUGUUAUACGCAAUGGAAUUUUCUUUAAAACUUGA